AUGUGCAUGUCAGAUGCUUGUGCUUCAGUCGCAUGGCAACUAGUUUGUUUCAAUGGCAUGAAAUGGCUGAAACUAACAUAUCCUCCUCUCAGAUCCCUCAUCAUGGCAGCAGCCAUCUCCGCGAUACGAAAUGCAGGGCACAUCGUUCACGAGAAUGUAGUGCCCGAAGACAUGGCAAAAAGUUUCACGCUGCCACCUGAGUCCUCGCGGAUCAGAGAAGGACUCAUCGAUAAGAAACGCGUCGGCUCCACCAUCACAUGGAUGCCGCGACUGGCCGUCUUGACGCAGGAGUGCUUGUACUUCGCGAACCCUUCGACAGACUUGAUCAUCGAUCACAUCCCCUUGCACGAGAUCAACAAGGUCUUUCUGCAAGAGGAUGAAGACGAAAGCAACGAUGACUACCAGGAAAUCAUCAUUGAGACUAUUCCUGACGGAUUCAAUAGCGGCAGAGCCUAUAUUCAUAGAGCACUCCGUACAGAUGCUGGCAAAUGGUCGGAAGCCAUUGAAAGGGAAUCGAAACAUGCACGUUGGGUGCAAGAAGAGGCGAACAGAACUGAAAAAGGACCGUUGGCACUGUGGAGACUGCGUGUUAAGCGCGCUUAUGAGAAUUCAAUAACUCAGACUGUAAUUGCAAGCCUCAUCAUGGCGAGCUUUGCUAUGGAUCUUGUGCAAGCAGAGAUUCUGCCAGAAGAUGGCAGUCCAACUCAAAACCUCUUUGAUCAGAUGGACAUCUUCUUUGCCUCUGUUUUCUGCUUCGAACUCGCUGUCAACUUGUUUGCUAAGUCCAAGAACUGGUGCAAGGAGUUUUUAUCUGAUGGAUGGAAUCUCCUGGAUGUAAUCAUUGUCAGCUUGUCGCUGCUGACGGUUCUUGCGUCGGGGAUUCCCUCGCUCAAAGUGUUUCGACUUAUCCGAGUCUUCCGAGUCGCUCGAGUCUUCCGCAAGUUGAAAUCUCUCAACAGAAUCAUCACAGCCCUGGCCUCUGCCGUCAUUCCUGUUGCCAACAGCUUCAUCAUCCUCGCUCUUGUUACUUGUAUUUGGGCCGCUCUCGGAACUCACUUCUUCUCCGCAAGAAGUGAAGCUUUCUUCGGAACCUUCUCGAGAUCGCUCUUCACGAUGUUUCAAGUUGUCACAGGAGACAGCUGGGCCUCUGCAGUAACACGGUCGAUCUUCGACGGACCGGAGAUGAAGACUCAAUUCGACUACUGGACCUCUUUCUUCUUCGUGAGCUACGUGCUCAUCGCUGGAGUUUUCCUCAUCAACGUGGUUGUGGCGGUGCUGCUGGAUGAAUUCAUCACCUCGAUUCAAGCCGAGAAGCUUCAGAUAGAGACUGAGAAGCGAGAGCAAGAGGAGAAGGAGAAGGAGCUACGUCGCUCCAAGAGCGUGCUCGAUCCUCUCUCAGCUCAUCUUGCCUUGUUCGUCAACGAAAGGGAUCUAACGCAGCGCAUCUCGGAGACCUACGAGCGGUUGGACAAGGACGGGUCUGGUGGCCUCAACUUCGAGGAGUUCCAGCGAGGCCUCAAGCAGCUUCCGACCUCUUCGCCGAUCCACAUCCUGCAGGACGACUUCGAGUUUCUGACAGAAGGAGGAAGGCAUUGCAACAGCAACGGCGAGUUCAGCCGUGAUCAGUUCCAAGAGAUCAUGAAAGAAGAGCUUCGUCGAUACGCUUUGAGGAAGAUGUCGAAUGCGAUGGCAGAGACGUCGAGCAAGGAGUUCUCUGCGCUGUUUCUGAUGAUGAAGUUGCUUGCGAUGCAGGCGGCACAGCAGUCAGAUAUAAUCAACUCGUGGGGCUACUCAAACAGAGGCACGGGCAGAGUCCUCGAUAUCUUUCAUCAGGUCGACCAGGACGAGAAUGGCGUGUUGGACCUGAAUGAAGCCAAGGAAGCUCUGGAGCUGCUGGGCAUUCCUCCUUCUCUCCAUCCACUCGUGAUUGCGCGGCUGGACUCUGACAAGGAUCAUCAAAUCAGCAAGGAAGAGUUCAUUCACGUCAGUCAGAUAGUUGAGGACGAGAACGACUUUCGCCUGAGAUCGAUCGAAGCUGACGUGAAGGCGCUGAGACAAGAUUUCAAGUCCUUCACUCAGUCCCUUGAGAAGGUCCUAGGCACUCAACUAGGAGUUUCCAGUCAACCAGCCCCAUCGCAAGCUGAUGCAGCAAUCGGCAGGAAAAUUCUCCUCAACAGCCAACAGGCAACCAAAGACGUCAAGGUGACUCGCAGCCUCUCCCACAACCCCCAAGUGCCGUCUGCUCCGGAGCCUCUCCCGCCCUCUCUCGGCCCGAUCCCAGCGGCCAAGCUUCUGCAUGCAGCAGUCUUGGAGCCACCGGCAGAACAAGACCAGGACAAGGCGAGCGGAACUUUUGAGGACUCUUCGAGACUCGUCGACUCAAGAGCGCAACAGCAAGUGAUCAAUCGAGUGCCUUCCAGCACGUUCGUCCAUCGCAGUCGAUCGAAAUCCUUUGCUGAGAGCAAGACGCCUGAGUCAGCCUCGAAACCGACGUCUGCACCUGUCAAGACGAGCAGCAGGAGCAGAGACUCUUCCGCGAUGCUGCGGCACAGAAGCAUGUCGCUGUCCUGUAAUGAUCCUCGCGUGCAGGACCCAGCUCUGAUCGACGACCUUGUCUUCGUGCCCCCCAAGACUCACUUCGACUACAGCAGGAGCGGCAGGCAGGGGAUACGGGGGCCUCAAAGCUCGAGCCUCUCUCAGCUGCUCACUGUCGACCCUCCCUUGCCUCACUCAGACACCAGCUCGGACUCGCAAAGCAAGCAAAGCUAA